AUGAGAAAUAUAAAAUAAAAGAAGGAGAGGCCUAUUGAACCAGACUAGCCAGACCCAGAUGAAUGUUGUGGUUCUGGUUGUUAAAGAUGUGUGUUGGAUGUUUACUAUGAGAAAUUAGAAUAAUAUGAGAAAGACUUAAUGGAAUGGUUGGCAGAGUAAGAUGAAGAUUAAGAUGAUGGAAACAAUCAAAAAGGUUGA